UUUAUGAUGGGCCUCUGGUAGACCAACCGUCCAGCUGGAUCACGGCCCGUCGGCUCUGCCCUGACCACCACCGACGCUAGUCAAUCUACUCGGGACGCGAGCACCGACGUUCUCCUCAAGCCGUCGGGAGACGCUGGCGUCGAGGUACAGUGGUCGGGGGAGGAGGGCGGAGAACGGAGCGGGUCCGGGAAACUUCGGAGACGGCGGAGGCCAUGGACGCGAGGAGGGCCGAUGGCUGAAGACGACGCAGCCGCUCCACCUGCUCGCCGUCGUCGUCGUCACCGUGGUGGUGGAUGGGGGAUUGGAGCAGAGAGGCUGUUCGAUGGCGUGGUGGUCGAAGGUUUGGGAGGCGUUGAAGGAGCCGAUCCCGGAGGAAGAAAGCCAAUAGCUAAGCUUUAUGUGUGCAUAUAUUCAUAUAUCCAGUGCUGCUUUUCACGUCGUGUAUGAGAAUUCUCAGCAAUGCGAAGGCACCCAACGAAUUCCUUCCAUCGACGGACGCUUCGGCCUCGCCAACCACCACUUCCCCUGCCGUUAUGUGCCCCGAGACGAUAACGACCUUUUCCUCCCUGCUCAAGUCAUGCGCCCGCCCGAGCCACCUCAAGCAAGCGCACGCCCGCAUCCUCACCCUCGGCCUCCACCGCCGCAUCCCCACCCUCCUCUCGGCCGCCACCCUCGCCUACCUCUCCCUCGGCCUCCUCGACUCCGCCCUCCCACUCUUCCGCUCCGUCCCCAGCCCCUCCCCCUUCCUCUUCAACAUGGCUAUCCGCGCCUGCGCCGCCGGAGGCCGCUUCCACGUCGCUCUCAGCCUCUACUCCACCCUCCUCUCCUCCGGCCUUCGUCCCGACAAGUUCACCUUCCCAUUCGCGCUCAGGUCCUGCGCCGCCCUCUCCGACCUGCGGGUAGGGAAAUUGCUCCACCAGCACUCCCUCUGUUUCGGGUGCGCUAGCGACCUCUUCGUGGCCGCCGCGCUGGUCGACAUGUACUCCAAGUGCGGCGACGUCUUCUGCGCGCGGCAGACGUUCGAUAAAAUGGCUAACAGAGAUUUGGUUUGUUGGACUUCGAUGAUCUCUGGGUACGCUCACAAUGGCCUGACCAUGGAGACGCUGGAGUUCUUCCGGCUCAUGCAACUCUCGAGCGUGAAGCCCAACCGGGUCAGCUUGUUGAGCGCACUCCUUGCUUGCGGCCGUCUUGGGGCUCUUAGGGGAGGAGAAUGCUUCCACUGCCUCGCGAUUAAAACCAGGUUCGAGCAUGACGUUUUGGUCGCUACUGCAGUCGUCGACAUGUAUGUCAAGUGUGGGAACUUGGAGUUGGCGAGGCUAAUGUUCGAUCGUAUUGAUAGCAAGGAUGUCGUGUGCUGGAGUACGAUGGUAGCAGGCUUCGGAUACCAUGGCCUAGCCAGAGAAGCCAUCUCUACAUUCGACAAUAUGGUGGAUGAUGGGGUGAUGCCAAAUGCUACCACCUUUACCAGUCUCCUUUCUGCUUGCAGCCACUCGGGGCUUUCGGAGGAGGGCAGAAGUUUCUUCGAUUCUAUGAAUCUGAAGUAUGGAAUUGAGCCAAAGAUGAAUCACUAUGCGUGCAUGGUAGACAUCCUUGGACGUGCAGGGAAGCUGCAGGAAGCUGAAGAGUUUAUAAAGCAAAUGCCCAUGGAACCAGAUACUAGUAUUUGGGUUUCUCUUCUUGGAGCUUGUCGAAUUCAUGGGGAUCUAGAUUUAGGAGAAAAAAUUGCAGACAAGAUCAUGAACAGAGACCACAACCAUGCUGGAUAUUUUGUUCUCCUCUCCAAUGUCUAUGCUGCUAAAUCAAGGUGGACGGAUGUGGAGAGAGUGAGGAAGCUAAUGGUAGGGAGAAGAGUGAACAAGGAUCAAGGCAUUAGCUUGAUUGAGUUCAACAACCAAGUUCAUAAAUUUGGAGUGGAUGAUAAGUCUCAUCCUCAUUCCCGGGAGAUAUAUGCUUAUCUUGACCAACUGAGUGUGCGGAUGAAACAAUUGGGUUAUGUUCCUUUGGUAGAUUUUGCACUCCAUGAUGUGGACGACGAGAGCAAGGAAAUUGCACUUUCUUAUCACAGCGAGCGGCUCGCCAUCGUCUUUGGCUUGAUCAAUAUGAAUCCCGGAACUGUGAUUCGUGUGACCAAAAACCUUCGUGUUUGUGGAGAUUGUCAUAAUGCAAUAAAAUUCAUCUCCAAAAUCGAGAGCCGAGUAAUCAUCGUACGAGAUGCAAAUCGCUUCCAUCAUUUUGAGGGUGGCAUCUGUUCUUGUCAUGAUCACUGGUAAGAAGAUGCUUUAAUAUCUAUAUUGUGCCUUUCUAAUUCUAAUGAAGAACAAGGAUAGGUUUGACUUCCACGUUCCUUCGUAGAAAUGCUACACUAGCUGAGUUUAGAUAUGAACAUUUUCAAUAUGAUGAAUGCUGGAAGUGCAAAAUACAAACCGAGCCGUCGUAUUCCACA